UGUGUCUGAGUGUAACUUAAUCUUUACUAGCCUUUGGUAUUUACUAAGCAUAUAUACCGUAGGCCUGAUCAGUAGACUUUGGACUGCGAAAGGUGAUGGAUAUGCUUGCUGUCCCCUUCCAUAAGGUAGAGAAAUAAAUAAAUGUUAUCACUCACUGUAGUUAUUAAAUUAAUCUUCAUGUUCAUUCAUUAGCUCAGACUUGCAACUGACGACUACUUUAGAGCAAUCAUCAACCAAUGAACAACGAUUAUAAAGCUGGUCAGUGGGCCAACUAGUAGAAAUGAUUAAACUAAAACUUUUUCCACUUUCAUCCUAUUAUCAAGACCUGGAAUAGAAAACAUUACCUUUGUUGCUUUUUUUCCACCAGGGGACUGAGAGGAAAAAAUAUGGUGAUGUCGAUUUCACUUCUACUAGAGGCUAAUCUGUAUCCAUCCCUAAGAAAUGGAAGCUUGAAAAUGUUUUGUAUUGAUUUGGGCUUUCAAAUAAUGGUUCAGGGAUUCCAGUUUGGAUUUCCAAUUUGUAUCGAUGCUAUUUUUCUUUUUUACUAGUGCUACAGGUUAUUUUAAUAGGACACAACUUCCUGUAAAAAUAGGCAACUGAGAAAUUCAGAUGGUCUUCUCCUCUUCCUUGCACGUUGACAAAUGCUUUAGGAUCAGCCUGCUGGAAUUUUUUCAAAAAAUAAAAGGACUUUUUUUUUUUUUCUUCCCCCAACAGGCAGGUGGCACAGUGCUAGCAGUUUUGACAAUGGAAAAUAUAGGCCUGUUUUGAACUAAAUGAAGUCUAGAACCACACUCUUUAAUUUAAAAAAAACAAAUGAAUGUGAUUUCUUUUUGUUUUUUCUCAAGAAUGGAGAAAGUUGUUGCUUGUCUAUACAGAAGGCCUAAGGCACUUUAUAGGCUGAUUUGCUUCCCCUGGGCUGGAAGUGGCGCCACCCAUUUUGCACAAUGGGGCAAACACUUUGACAACGCAAUAGAAGUGUAUUCUAUAAGGCUUCCUGGAAGAGAAUCUCGUGUUAAUGAACCUUUUGCAAAAGACAUGAAAACUAUCAUUAAUGACAUUACUAGUGUUUUGCUUCACGACUUGCAAGAGAAACCUUUUGCAUUUUUUGGUCACAGUUUUGGAUCAUAUGUUAGUUUUGCAGUUGCAGUACACUUGAAAGAAAAAUAUGGACUACAACCAGUGCAUCUUUUUAUAUCAAGCGCAGGUGCCCCACAUGCAACAUUUUGUUAUCCUCUCCACACAGUAAAAGACAAAGACGAAGACGAAAUUAUCAAAAAGAUACAGUCUCUUGGAGAUACUCUUCCUGCAUUUCUGCAGAACAAAAAUGUUAUGAAACAAUACAUUCCUGCAUUAAGAGCAGAUCUUGCAGUUGUUCAGUCCUUUCUCUUUGAGGAACUGGUAAUAGAUGGUCUCUCUUGUGGCCUUACAUGCUUUGGUGGGUCUGAAGAUUGGCCAUUGGAUUUAGAAGCAUGGAAGGAUGUAACAAGUGGAGAUACCACUAUUCACAAGCUUCCUGGAGGACACUUUUAUCUGCUGGACCCUGCUAAUGAAAUGUUCAUGGCAGACCACAUGACAAAAUGUAUAGAAACUGCUGAUCUCUGAAUAUUUGUCUUUAUUUUGUUGGGAGGGGGUCAAAGAUUAAUCCAAAGCAGUAAAUAAUAAGGAAUAUUUUCUAUACAUCUUUACAACUACCACAAUGGCAAGGUAAGCAACUUUCUGUAGCAAUAGGGCUAACGGUUGAUGUAUUAAUAUUGGUGAAUUCUACAGCCAAAGGUUUCUCCAAGAUAUAAUUUAUGACAAUACUUAGGAAAAUUCUGAUUCUUAAAAGUAAACAGCCAGUACAUUAAUUUGCUUCCCUGUGGUAGUUAGAGUUUGGGGCUGGUGGGAGGAUGGUAGGCUAAAAGCAUUGCGAACGUAGUAAGUCGGGCUUCAGUGGCUUCCCUCUGCCUUUACCAUAGUUUUUCUACAUCAGCAUUUCUAUGACUGUAACAGAAGGGAGAUAUAUUUGUGCAAAUAUUUUUAUCCAUUAUUGGAUCCAGGAAGUAACUAAUGUUUCCUUUAAAUCUGUACUCUUUGAGACCUCAUUAGCCUGACUCAGCUGUCUUAAAAACUACUCUUCUUUUUCUUUCUUUUUAAAUCCCCCUGUAUCCCAUUACAUCUUUUGGGGAAAAAAGACAGGUAAGUAGUUUUGUCUUCAGAAUUUACUUUGGCUGGAUAGGAGGAGGAAUGUGAUCUUUCUGCCUCCUCAAAAAAAAAAAAGG